UUUUUUUUACAAAAAUGUCCAAAUAUUUCCGAUGUGAACCUGUAAAAGGAACGAAAUUGAUUAAAAUAUUUUCAAAAUACAAUGAAAAUCUUCCAAUAGAAUUUGAUUGCAAUCAAAGAUUUACAAUUUUACAAACUUUUCAUCAAGAAUAUUUGGACGAAAUUCAGGAACUUGAAGUUCGUAAAGAUGAUAUUUGGGUUAUAAGUCAACCAAAAAGUGGAACAACCUGGAUGUUGGAGUUAGUGUGGCUAUUACAAAACAAUUGUGACUUUGAAACGGCUUUAAAAGUUGAACAGGAAGUUCGAGUUCCAUUUCUUGAAUUUUGUUCAUAUGUACCAAAAGAACGACCAAAUUCCUUUGAUGAGAUCGCUAAAAUGUCAUCUCCUCGGAUUAUAAAAUCACACCUUCCAAUUCAUUUACUUCCAAAAGGACUAUGGACAGUCAAACCUAGGAUAAUUUUUAUUACGAGGAACCCAAAAGAUACAAUAGCAUCUUUUUAUCCUCAUUGUUGUACCGUCACAGCAUUUGAGGGUUCCAAAGAAGAUUUUGUAAAUGCAAUUAUUGAAAACAAGAUGCGUCAUUCACCAUUUGGAGUUCAAACACUUGAGUUUUGGCAGUUACGCAAUGAACCUUAUAUUUUCUUUACAAGUUUUGAGCGUAUGAAAAAAGAUUUAAGAUCAGUGAUUUUGGGACUGAGUGCAUUUCUAGGAAAAAAUUUGGACGAAAAUCAAAUGGUAAAACUUCUCGAUCAUUUGUCAUUUGAAAAAAUGAAAGAAACGAGAAAAGAAAAAUGUAAGAAAAAUUUUUUUUCAGAUAAUCCUAUGUGCAAUCACAUAAGCGAGAUAAAACAGUUUAAGGAACUCUACAAUCCAGCUAAGGAACUUAAUUUCAGGUUUGUUAGAAAAGGUGCCGUGGGCUCACAUAAAACUGAACUUAGUGAAGAUCUUAUAGAACGAAUAGAAAAGUGGUAUAAAAAGCAUGUGGACAGAUACGGCGUGACAGCUGAAGAAAUAUUUUUUGCAUAGUUUUAUUGUUUUGUUAUAAAACAUAAACGUUUUAAA